CCAGCCAUGACGACGACCUUCAAGGCAGUCGCUGCGUCGCUUUAUUCUAUGUUAUCGUAUACUCACCUCACAUAACGCAGUUACGCUGCUACAGCUCACUGCGACAACACUACAUUCCAUGGUACCGCUCAAUAUGGAGACAAUCAGCAGGAUUCCGCGGCGGUUAACUCAGCUAUACUCCGACACCAAGAUACACUGCGACGCCGUCGUCGAGCAAGAUAACCAAGACACGCAAUCGAACGUCCUUCACCGCAAACUCCGAAUACAGAAGGACAGGUUAAUAACGUGGGGUGUCGACUGGAGCGACAAUGCGAAGGGCAAGAAUGGCGACAUCGACGAGAGCGUGGAGCAGGCGGGCCUCACAGAGACAGUGACUAGCGUGCUUGGGACCAUCAAGGAGAUCUUAGACGAGGCUGAGCACAUGCACCCGGGCGCUGCACCUCCAGCGGGCAAGACAUUGUCAGAGGAGAAGAGCAGGCUGCCAACAUCUGAUACGUCCGCGUGGGCAGCCGCCGAAAGGUCACGUUAUGAGGACCUCAUCAAGGACCUUACUACCUCUAUCGACAUCCUCUAUGACCUCUCAAGAAGUCGACGUGCACAGCGCGAUCCCGGUCCGGACGUCAAGGUUGCUCUUGAGCCUCUAAGACCAUCCACUCCAGCUAUCUUCUCAAAGCCAGAGUAUAGCGCGUCGGAUCUUACGCUCGUCAACCCAGCGACAUUCCCGCUAAAUGCACAUGCGCUGCAUGCUGCUUCCCGCUCGCACUUGCCACCAAAGUUGAACCCUUCAGAUCUGGUCCUCCCAGAAGAAGAACCACCGCCAUACGAAAGUGUUGGUGCUUCCUCCAUUCGCGUAAUAGGCCGACUGCGCUCGCGAAACAGUUCGACAAAUCCCUGGAAAACCGACGGAUCGCGCAUUGUCGAGCAGCCUGUCUUGAUUGAGUACGCGACGUUCGACCCAACAUAUCGCUACACUGAGGUCUCUCCACCCACAGAUCGGCUGGACACCCUCUUGUACAUAUUGACCAAGCUGUCAAACGAUCAGCCUCAUCUGGCUACCCUCAGAUGCUUGGGGUACUUCGAAGAUCCUAGGCAACCACGAUUCGGACUAGUGUUCGAGCUUCCAUCAUCAACAUACUCCGGUGCAUCGGACGCGCACAAGACAAUAGAUGAACUGCGACCUGUUACACUUCUCAGUGUUCUGCAGACAGGAUCCAAGUCACUCAACAACUCAAACAGUGCCACACCUCCACUUGAGGACCGCUUUCGCCUAGCAUACUCACUUGCCAUCACGUUCAGCAAGAUCCAUGGAGACAACUUCGUUCACAAAGACAUCAACAGCAGCAACGUUCUGGUUUUUCGAAAGAACAGACGACAAUCGGCAAACACAAGGGCACUGCAGUACGCUCUUCGGGCUCCUGUUGUCUGCUCGUUCGACCUCUUCUCCGAAUACGAUAUCGAGGCCACCAACACGAUGCCGACUCUCAACAUCUACCGCCAUCCGGAGGACCCGAAGUUCACCGGAUCUAGGGACAGACAUCAUGGUCCCCAGUUCGACCUGUACAGUCUCGGCUUGAUCCUUUUAGAGAUCGGACUGUGGCAGCCGCUUGCUGAUCUGUGGAAGCCGAAGUACACCCUCGCCGACUUCAAGCAGCGAGUCGAAGAUGUGUACAUCCGUCGCCUGGCAUCGAAGUGCGGCACUGCAUACAUGCAAGUCGUGCGCGACUGCUUCUGGGCUGUUGACCGCAGUAAUAGCGGCGCUGAGAGUCUGCACGACUUCAUGCAGCUUUACAACCGCAUUAUCAUCAGACUGCAAAGAUGCUGCAUGCUCGACGAGUCUGAACCAGGGUUCGAUCUGCACGAUGCACGACCAGGGCCUUCACCGCUGAUGGGUCCGACCCAUCUUAAGCGUAAGAGCGUCAGCCAGCCUCAACUUUUGGAGACGCCGACCAGCCCUUCCUACAGAAGUGCGAAACGCUGGGCCCUAGAGAAGGGCUCCCAGGCACUUGAACGGACGAAGUCUCUGACCAAGUCGAGCACCAAGAAGUCUCCCGACCCUAAUGCUCUGUCACGCAAUCCAUCACAGCACUCGCAACACUCUAUCCGCAAAUCGAUCUCAGAGACCAUGGGUCUUACCAGCCCGAGAGAAGAGUCAAUAGAGUCUAUGGAUUGGGAGCAGCAAGACCAAAGGUCACUCGAGACAUCCGGUACACUGGUCCCUACUCCACACAGUUCACAGGAUCGAAGCGAUGUGUCGUCGUUAUACAGAGAGCAGAUUACCACCGCUGCAUCGAUCAUCCAGCGUGCCUGGCGGGCCUCACGUUCGCAGCCGUCCAAUGCCACUCCCUUCAACGACUACAAGGAGAAGAUCACCAUCAUCCAGACAGCCUGGAGACAAAGGAAGCAGAAGCGGACGCACUCUGUGGAAGCUCUCUUCACCGAUGGCAUCCGCCAUUGGCCUCAAGCCACCCUUGGCUACCCAACUCUUGAGCCUGAGGUGCAGGACGCUGGUGUCGUGGAGCAAAACGACAGGUGCAUCACAUCCUCCAUUCACAUUCAGACCGAUAUCGAGCCGGCCCCUCGCUCAAAAUUGCGACUGCACCCUGUGAAGUUCACACCUGCGAUCGUUGAUGAGUGGCAUACUAUCAUGCUCCCUAGACUCGAGCGCCUCAUCGAGCGCGCUCUCCGGGACUCGGACGAGACCGUCAGCAUUGAUCUCGUCGCAAUUGGCGAGACUCAGGAGAAGGCUCGACCUACCAUCUUCAUUACAUGUAGCAGUAUCGCCAAGAUCAAGGCGAUCCUCUCACGCCGCUUCCGCUACGAUGAGAACGUGUUCGAUCUUAAGGUCCGCCGCGGAAAGGUUCGGCGAUCCAAGAUGAGCCGCUCUUCAGGUCGCGUCCGGCCACCUCAUCGAUCUAUGAUGAACACCGAGAACUACAACGCGGACAUGGCUGUCAUGAACCCUUUUCAUCAACAACGACCACUCUGUGGUGCUUCUAUUGGUGCCUUCAACGGCAAGCAACAUCUUCCUCCGGUUUCAUAUGGCGGGGUCGUGUUAGUCGAUGAUGAGCCGCUCGGUAUGAGUGUCCACCACCUACUCGAUGCGCCAUCAGAUGAUGAGAGUGAUGCUGAAGACGAAGUUGCUAGCCCCUACCCGUAUGAUGCGGUUUUGUCGAGCGCAACCAGCAACAGCAACCCUUGGCUGAUGGGCAUGGGCGCUCAACCCGGUCUUGAACUUGCAAAUGACGCACCGGUACCCAUGUGGGACCUCGAGCUGUCUGACGAUGAAGAUAUUGGGAGCGAAGAUGACGACGAAACUGAGUCCUUCGACUUCUCUGGUUCAGAGUUCGACUCAGAAGAAGAGUCCGACGAGGAAGCCAUGACAGACUCGGCAAUGUCGCGCGUCACCGUUGGCGACAUCGACGGUAUCGAACUCGGCGAGGGCGAAGAGAUCAAAGUCACACAACCCGCCAUUGACGACGUCGACGGAGACUUCUUCCCAAACGAGGAAGACAAAGACGAAGACCACCUCGACUCCCAUGAGCUCGGAUACGUCCACGCAUCCUCUGGCAUUCGCCGCUGGAAGCGCGAUGGUAUUCUGCAUGAGAUCGAUUGGGCUCUGCUGAAGCUCAACGAUGAUCGUGUGCAGCCCUACAACGUCUGCCAGGGCGGUCGCCGCUUCGCUUUCGGCUCUAUGAAGCCAGAUCAACGCGAGAUCUCAUCGAAGCUUGAGGAACCCGUCAAUCGCCGCCACUAUCAACCUGGUGAAGACGAGUACCCCAACGGCGUUGCCAGCGCCGACUCACUCGGUGGCCUGAACGUGCACUGCUUCGGCCGCACUACCGGUCUACAGGGCGGUAUGGUUGGACAAGCGAUGAGCUCUGUGCGCAUCUACCGCCGCAAGUCGUUCUCCCGCAGCUGGCACGUUGCUGGUGGGUUUGGCGUUGGUGGUGACUCGGGAGCUUGGGUCAUCCAGAACAACUCACACCGCGUUGUCGGGCAUGUGCUAGCCUGGUGCCAGAGGAACCACAUCGCAUACAUCUGCCCUAUGGAAGUCCUGCUCGAAGACAUCAAGCGUACUUUGGGUGCCAAGCGAAUCUAUCUGCCUGGUUCAGAUGAACAAAGAGCUUUCAUCAGGCAGCAACAAGGUCAAAAGAAGGCUGUCAGAGACUCCACCGCUAUAGGAGAGCUUGAGUCUGCUGUUCAGGGCCUGGGUAUCGUGGAUAGUCAUGAUUCGGCAGUGGACAUGCGGUCAGCCUUUAGUUCUGGAUCGUCGACAAGGAGAAGUAGACUUGACUUGAGCCCACUGAAUACGAGUAGCAGUGGCGAGAGUGAUAAGGAGAACCGGCGUGUUCUGAAGGGCAAGGCGAUGAGGGUCAGUGAGGGGAGGGAGACGAUGGUGCAGAUGGCUAUCAGGCCUUGAGUGUCGCUUGUUGUAUGAUGGAUGAAGACGUUUUGGGAGGAUGAUACCCUACUUUGGAUUGGAUGUCGGAUAGUACAAUGAAUAAAUGAACUAACUAACCUCUU